UUGUCUCUUGUAGUGGUAUCUCCAUUGUCUUGACACCUUAACCAACCAUCUUGUUUCUUAUUGCUUCAUCUUCACAGUAUAAACCAAGAAUCAGGGGAGUGAGAAUCAUAGAGUCAAAAAUGUUUCACUCGGAAGGGCUCGUAUCGAGGAAAGGACCUUUAGGAGCGAUUUGGGUGGCAGCGUAUUUCGUGAAGAAACUAAAGAAAGCUCAAGUCAAAGACACUAACAUUCCUUCCUCCGUUGACCAGAUCUUGCAAAAGGAGUUGGACGCUUUGACAUACAGAGGGUUAGCGUAUCUUCUUCUUGGUCUUGUUAGAAUAUAUUCCAAGAAGGUGGACUCUUUGUUCCAUGAUUGCAACACAGCCUUGAUCGGUGUAAAGGAGCAGAACAGAGAUAACACUAAUGUGCCUUUGCCUGCUGCUGCAUCUACGGGGUUUCCUUCAAUUGCUCUGCCUCAGUGUUUCGAACUGGAUGCUUUUGAUCUUGGGCUUUUGGAAGAUUCUCACGGGGAUAAUGUUAAGCCGCAGGAAGAUAUUACACUUAAGCAUGGUAAUUACUUCAAAGAAACACUUUUCAAGUUCAUCAUGUAUUUAUUUAUACCACUGCAUUGCGAUGAAACAGAUGGAGUUUCUGGUCGGGAUACAGAGAGCAUUGACCACUACUAUAUGGAAAGGUUCGACAUGGAGGAGGAUGACCUCGGCUGUACGUUUCAUGUUGUCGAUGAUCAUACUGAUACUAGACAUGACACCGCCCAUGAUAUGGACAUAGAUGUCAGAGAUGCUAGUGGAGAAGCAUCAGUCAGAGAAGUUGAAGCAGAACCACUGGAGUCUAACAACAAGUCAUCCAGAGAUCAACAAAACGCAUCUAGGCAUGACCGGUCCCUCCCGUCUGAAUGCAAGAGUCCUGAAGCGCUUCACGGGAUUGAGGAACUAGAACGAGGAUCUGUGGUGGGAAAUGGAGACUUGCCUGAAUGCAUAGAGAAACAUAGAGGCCAUAGUGAUGUGGAAAUGACGGACACUAAUAUGUUUCAUACAGAGCCAUCUGAGACUCCUCAAGUGAAUAAAGUUGGAUACAAUGAGAAAGGUUUCCUCUCUGACAUGACUUUGUCAGAAGUGCCUGAGAGUAAAGGGUCUAAUGCUAAAGAUGCGCCAGUUGCUGCUACUCCCAAAACACCUUCGCGGCUGAAGACCUCUCAAGGGGAAACAAGCCAUCAGUUCUCCAUCAUUAACACGCCUGGUGGAAAGGAAUCUUCUUCUCGGGUUUCGCGGAAGAGAAAAUGUCUAAUAGAUGAUGAAGUGAUAAUCCCGAACAAAGUUUUGAAGAAAAUGAUAGAAGACUCAAGUACAUUGGUUACAAAACGUAGAAAGGUUCCUCAUACUGACUAUUAUGAGAGAAGAAUCAAACGUUUUGCCGAUCCCUCUAGAAGUUUUUGGGACCCUUUGUUUCCAUAUGGCUCUUUGGACCUCCAAUUGCUUUUCUGUCAACCCAUCAAGUUUAAAGAACAGAACACCACAGAAACUCCUAAAGCUGCUAAAACCGCUAGGCGAAUGAAAAGGUCUUCUCUUAGAACAGUUGAAAGCCGUGGGGAUGUUUUUCCUUUAGAGCAGACUGAGACUGGUCGGGAAAUUAUGGAGACUCCUCAGGCUGCUGGUCUUGCCGAGCUGAAAAUUACUGUUCCAGAGAUGGUUUCAGCAAGUUCCAUAGCUGCUGAAAGUGCUCAUCAAACAAAGGUUGCUCCAGAGACGCCAAUGAAGCCUGCAGAGCCAACGUAUAUUGCUCCAGAAACACCAGCAGUCUCUGAGCGAGUUGAGAUUGCUCCUGAUACGCCCGUGAGAGAAUCAAUGUCGAAAAGAUAUUUCGAGGACCCUGAGACCUGUGAACAAGAAACAAGACCUUCAAACUCCUUCACCUUCUUUGACGAGUGCCUGUCAGAAUUUUGCGAGGAUAGAAGGGACCUUGAUGCAAUUUUGAUGAACGAGGAGCAGGUGAAUGCACAUGAAACAGAGGACCUGCAACAAGAGACAUGGUCAGCAAGAACGAGGAAUGUGGCAAAAUUCUUGGAGAAAACGUUUCUGGAGCAAAGGGAGAAAGGAGAAGAAGAAAAAGCGAGUUUGUUACAGUUGUGCAGAGGAAGAACGCAGAAGGAAAGCGCAAGACUCUUCUACGAGACUUUGGUAUUGAAGACGAAAGGUUACUUGGAAGUGAAGCAAGAUCAUCCAUAUAGUGAUAUUCUUCUCUCGCGGUUCACCGGACAACAUGAAGCUUGUUGAGAAGCUCUAUCUAGAUUUCUUCUCUCCAGUUUAGGUUUUUUUUUUCUGGUAAGUUGUUAGUCUUUUUGUAAUCAAAGGGAUUUGGGGUUUUUUUCCUUACCGUCGUUUAAGUCAACUCUUUAGACUUGGAAUGAUCAACCACCUUAAUAUAUAUGAAUCGACUUGGUUGAUCUAA